CAGAAGCACGAGGAAGCCGGCCGGCUCCGUCUGUCCCCACGUCCAUCCGUGGUCCCAGAAACAAGAACCCAUCCUGGAGAACAUGCUGUUCUGCCACCAGCAGCCUGAACCCUACCACCACCAGCACCAGCACCAGCACCAGCACCAGCAGCACUCCAGCUGCAUCAGAGAGGCUCUGGCGCCUUUUUUGAAGAACGAAGAGGCGCGGCUCCUGGCCGAAGGCGGAGCCAAGCGAAGCCCCUUCCAGUACGUUUUGAGUGCCGGCACAUCGCCGGCCGUCAAGCAGCAGGAGGAGUCGCUCACGUACCUGAACCAAGGUCAGUCCUACGAAAUCCGUUUGCUUAGCAGAAAACUAGUGGAGUAUACAGAUAUAAGCAGCAAAUAUGUGAAGAGCAUCGUGCGCGUGGUGUUUCAUGACCGCCGGCUGCAGUACAUGGAGCACCAGCAGCUGGAGGGAUGGAGGUGGAACCGACCUGGAGACCGGAUCCUAGACAUAGACAUCCCACUGUCGGUGGGGAUCCUGGAGCCUCGGUCGGACCCGCUACACCUCAGCACCAUUGAGUUCCUCUGGGAUCCCACCAAGAACGCCUCCGUCUACAUCCAGGUGAACUGCAUCAGCACUGAGUUCACUCCCCGGAAGCACGGUGGCGAGAAAGGUGUGCCCUUCCGUAUCCAGGUGGACACGUUCAUUGCCAACCAGCACAGCGAACACGUGGAGCACGUACACUCAGCCAGCUGCCAGGUCAAGGUGUUCAAGCCCAAAGGAGCUGAUCGUAAACUAAAGACUGACAGGGAGAAGAUGGAGAAGAAGAGUCCUCAUGACAGAGAAAAGUACCAGCCGUCCUACGACACCACACUGCUGAAAGAGUGCUCACCGUGGCCCGAUGCUUUAAAUCUGGUCAACCACAGCACCAGCAGCACUCCUUCACCGGUUUACCUCGGGUCACCAACGCCCUGCACUUUCACUGACGGCAACAGUUCUCCAAACCAGCAGGGGGAGGUGCUCAUGGCUGGCUGCUCUGAUCAUCUUCUGCCAUUGUCCUCGCCGCUGGACACUCAGCAGUGGCUUCACCGUCACAGGUUCUCCCCUUUCUCAAGGCUCUUCUACAGCUUCUCAGGUGCUGAUCUGUUGAGGAUGAGCAGGGACGAUCUGAUCCAGAUCUGUGGUCCAGCAGAUGGCAUUCGCCUCUUUAACACUUUGAAGGGAAGGUGUAUACAGCCUCGGCUGACCAUCUACGUCUGUCAGCAGCAGUCCAGAAAUCAGCCUCCCAUCAGGCCUGGAGGUGGAGACGUCUACCACGCUCUGUACCUGGAGGAGCUGACCCUGCUGGGCCUGUCUGAAAAGAUUGCCAUGCUGUUCAGCAUCACUCCACAACAAAUUACUCACAUCUACAGACAAAAGCCCACUGGCAUCCACAUCUUAGUCUCUGACGAGAUGGUGCAGAACUUCAGGGAGGAAGCGAGCUUCAUCAUCAGCACGUUAGGCGAUGAAAAAGCAGAUGGCUAUCACGUCGUCCUGAAAUAACCAGCAAGAAGUGCCGAGUUUUUCAUCGGUGGAAAUGUACAGACUGUAAAUAAUUCUCCCUCUGCUGACAUUUGAGUAUUGAAAAAUGAACAUGGGCCGGCGAUCUGGAGGAUGUUCAUUCAACUGGUUUAUUUUGUGAAAAAUAAAGAAAUUAUGACA